GGCGGAGCCCAAUCCCACUGCGAUCGCGGAGCUACCAGCGCCCUGCAGGCCCACCCAGCGGGAGAGCCCAGGGGAGUAGCGGCGCCGGGACAUCACGCGCCCUGAGCGUCCUCCAAGGUAGAGCGCACGGUCACCUGAGAUGUAGCUAGCUGACACUGGAUGUCACCAUUGUGCUGUGGAAUGUGGACGCGGAACAGGGAAGCCAGCUUUAUUGUGAUGGAAACACCCUUGAACUUGGUGGCUAAAAGAUAAAGGUUUGAGUUUCAACCCUGUUAAGUUUACUGUGAUCUUCGGCAGAAUUCAUGAUGACGACAGUAGCCAUGACCUCAGAGGCCCCCCCAAGGGGUGAGACAGAAGAUAAUUCUUCCCCGUAUGAGUCCACAUCAGCUCACAUUAUCGAGGAAACCGAAUAUGUGAAAAUGAUCCGAACUACUCUGGAAAAGAUCCGAAAUCAGAUGUUUAGAGAUGAAGUGGGACAUAACAGUACAAAGCACAGACUAGACGCGAAGUGCUGUGGGAACAUUCAGAACGGCUCCGACUCUGAAGUGGACCCCUUGUGUUGCGAUCUGAAUCUGCUCAUGGAAAGAAUGAAAGGCAAAGACCUACAGCUCUUAGAAAUGAACAAAGAGAAUGAAGUGUUGAAAAUCAAGCUGGAAGCCUCCAGAGAAGCCGGGGCAGCGGUCCUGAGAAACGUGGCCCAGAGGCUCUUUGAAAUCUACGAAACGCAGUCUGAAGAAGUGAAAAAGAAGCACGAGGACAGUAAACUCUCUCUCCAGGUUAACAAACUGGAAAAAGAACAGGAAUUGAAACAACAGCUUGAAAGUCUGAACCAAGCUGCAGAAAAACUUGAAGAAAAGCAUAAUCAAAUCACAGCAUUGGAGAACCUUGUUCAGAGGAUGGAAAAGGAAAAGAGCACACUGCUAGAAAGAAAACUGUCUUUGGAAAACAAGCUGAUGCACCUCAAAUCCAGCACUACGCAUGCGAAAAGUUGCCAGGAUCUUCAGAAGGAGAUCUCCCUUCUCCAGGAGCAGAUCUCGCAUCUGCAGUUCGUGAUUCACUCCCAGCACCAGAACCUGCGCAGAGUCAUCCAGGAGAUGGAAGGCUUAAAAAAUAAUUUAAAGGAGCAAGAUAAAAGAAUUGAAAACCUGAAAGAAAAAGUUAAUGUGCUGGAAGCCCAGAAUAAAGAACUAAAAACCAAAGUGGCACUUUGGUCUGAAACUCCUAGGACAAUGGCGUCUAAGGCCGUGGCUACAAGCGACCUGAAGACUGAAGGCAACACCCCCUACUUCAUGUUGGUUAGGCUACGGAAAUGAGCUGGCUGGCUGAAGAUCGAAUGGGAAAGAACACUACGUGGGCCUUAUUUGUUCCUUGAAACACAGUGGAAACUUGCAUGUUCGAAAUGGCUCAAUGCCAGUAUUUCAUGGAAUUCAUUAUACAUCAAUAGCUUUGCAGGAAGAUGACACUCCAGGAAAUCAAACAAAUACAUAUUUGAGGGAAGGAAAUCUUUCUUCAGAACUUAAUAAAUGGGUAAAGAAACCAGGUUCCUUACCCUGAUGGAAGAUGAAUUCUGUUUUUAAGUUUUAAAAACCUGAAUCUUUUUUGCAGGUUUUUGCUGAAGGGAGUGGUUUAAGGUUAUCAGCUUUGACCUUUUCAUAAUGGCUUCCAUUUAUUUAAGUAGAAGGAAGAGUUUUUAUGUGUAUGAAUGGGUGUUGUGUUUCAAAGUUGACUUUUGAAUAAUAAAAAUAUCUUACCAUGAUUUAAGUUCA